AGGAUUAUAUUUACCAGUUAGGAUCCUCAAACUUAAUAGUUAAUAGAGUUCUCGGCGCGAGAAUUGCUACGAUUCCAAUCCUAAAUUCUCACGUUAGGGCUUUUUCUCUCCUUCCCUUCACCCUUAAAAUUUUUGCAGUAAUGUCAAAUUUUUUCGAUCAGCUAAAAGAAAUGAAAACCCUAAUAACAUCCAACACCAAACUAAACAAAUCUCUCGGUUACUCUUCUCUCUUAAACUACCAGGAACAGUGCAGUAACAGUCCCCCUUCACUUCAUGCCCUAGCCGAGAGUUCUUGCAGUUUUCUCCAUUUGAUCAUUGCUGAUGUCUCCGAUGAUGAUGAAGAAAUUGCUGCUCAAGCGUUGAAGUGCUUAGGAUUUAUGAUAUAUCAUCCUUCCAUUGUUGCAACUAUUCCUGGGGAAAAUGCUAAGAUGGUUUUAGAGUCACUUGCUAAACACAUUAUUGCCACGAAAAUGAAGUCAAUUUGUAACCUAGGUGUGUGGUGUAUUUCUGUUCAACAAAUUGAGGCUUCAGUUUUAGCUGCCCACUCCAAUUCAUUGUUGCAAGCUGUUGUUCAUGCUCUUGACAACCCCAUUGGUUCAUUAUCAACUACCUUUGAGGCUAUGCAAGCUGUAAUGAAGUUAGUAGCCCAAUUGAGAGGGAAGAUGAGAGAAUUGUCACACAUAUGGGUUCCUCCAAUAUACAGAAGACUUCUUAGUGAUGACAAGAGAGAAAGGGAUAUGUCAGAAAGGUGCCUUUUGAAGAUUAGGUCUACGAUUAUUCCUCCUCCACCAUUUCUCUCCAAGGUAAUUGUUCAAGACUUGAAGAAAAUGUUGCUCAGUAGGAUGAAAGAUCUGCUAAACAAGGGGAUGAAGGUUCAAAGUAUACAAGCAUGGGGCUGGUUUAUCCGCAUAUUAGGAUCUCAUGCUAUGAAGAACAGACAUUUAAUUAAUGAUAUGUUGAAACUUCCUGAGCAAACAUUUUCAGAUCGCAACCCUCAGGUCCAGCUUGCUUCACAGGCUGCUUGGGAAGGUCUUAUUGAUGCUCUUAUUCAUCCUCAAAUAUUGGAUAUCAGGCUAGAAGCAAUCUUGGAGAAUGAUGUUCAACAAUCAAAAACCUCUGCAAAAAAUAUUGGUGAAAUGCAGUCAAAUAGAUUUUUUAAAAGUACAAAGCUGAUAAUGACACCUCUAAAAGGUAUCAUAUCAAGUAAAUGUGACGUAUCUGUUCACUUAACCUGCCUAAAUACAUGGUGUUAUCUGUUACAUAAACUUGAUACCUCUGUCAACUCUCCAUCAGUGAUAGAACUAGUUUUGGAUCCUGUCUUUGAAGCAAUUUUUAGAAGUGGACCUGAUUGUCAGAGUAUCUGGUUAUGGGAUUUCUGCCUGGGUCUGUUAGAUGACUUAAUAUCAUUGAAGUUUGGGGACAUGAGUUUUGACUUGAAUGGUCAGGUGAGCCCAUAUCUAUCAGAUAGGCUCUCUGUGUCUGGAGCUUCUAUAUCUAGUAAAUCCUCUUGGAAGUGUUAUCCAAUUAAAUGGUUGUCCCAGGAUCUUGGUCACUUGGGUUUUUAUCUAAAGAUGAUUAGCAUCAUCAUCAGUCAUGCAUCAAAACAGACAGCUAUGCUGCAAACCAAAAGUUUAGCAUGCAAUGCUGCAUUAAGGAUUUUUGGAUCAGUUUUGAAGGCAGCUCAAACAGAGCUGAAAAAUGAGUCAUUAAGUUAUGAGACCAUAAUGUUGUGUUUGAAGACUAUACUCGGGUUUAUAAAGAUGACAUGUGAAGGUGCUUGUACAGAAGGGGGUGCUGGUAAUGACUUGAUUCUUACAUCCCUUAAAUUGAUUGAGGUUGUUACCAAGGAAUCAAGCCCUUCUAUUUUGGGAUCCCCUCUUUACAAGGUGGCUUUAGAUCUCAAGUAUGUUGGUAACAUGCAAAUAGUUGAUCUUAGAAAUGAAAAUUUUUUGCAUCAAAGCUCCAUUGCUUAUAUGGAUAUGGUUUCACCUAUGGUUUAUCUAAUUGUCCUCUAUAUUUCUGUGGUGGUUCAAUUGACUUUGAUUUCACAUGAGUUGGAUCAUGUUCUGCAGGGUUUACAAAAACUUUUUAAGUUUGUACUGUCUCACUAUGAUCCUUUAGAAUAUCUUCUUGUCUCUAUUGAUUUGUUGUACAAACACAAGGGCCGGAAUUGUAUGCAAAUAUGGAUGGCAAUGGCAAAGGGUCUGACUGACUAUAUUGAUGGUGCAAAGUAUUUAUAUCAAUUAAAAACAGAGUUCAACAGCAGCAGUUAUACAGCAGUAUGUUAUCUCUUAUCAUACCCAUUCUUGGUGUGGUCAUCUUCUCUUGAAAUAUUGAUCCCAUUGGAAGUAGGUGGCUCCUUGAAUGAUUCUGUUUCUUUAUCAGGGAAAAAGCUUCAACAUACUGUUGAAGUUUGGAAGUCUUUGUAUGGUUCCAUUUGUACUACAAACUCUAUUUCAUCUGAAAUUAACAAUUUCACUGCAGAUCUGUGCUCCAUGUUAAGUCAGUGUCUUGAUGAAAAGGCUAACUUAUUUGAGUGUGGAAGUGAGCUUGAUGUUAGCUCCAUGGAUCUGACACUUAAUUUCCUUUUUCUAUCUGGUGAGGGCAUUGUUUGUGUUCUGGAACAGAUCUUAAGUUCAGAUAUGAACUCAGAUGGAAUCAUUUCAGGGCAUGAAUGUAACUGUAGAACAUUCAGUGGCAUUAACAGUGUCUUGGAAUUUGCUGCCAGGUACUUGAAAAUGUCCUGCAUAAAAAUAGCAGCAGAAUCUGCAACUUGUCUUGUGAUUUCAAGCAGGGUAUUCUCUGCACUAGCGGGCUUGCUUGGUUGCAUUCACUUGAAGCAAGAUAUAGUUUCAUUCUUUGAGAUAAUUUCUUCUCCAGCGCUUCAAUGGCUGUCACAUGUAGAGAUACCUGAUCAGAGGGUCAAGCAUCAACUAGGAAUUUUGUGGUCCGAAAUCCUUAAUUGUUUACAGAGGAGUCAGCCACCAAUCAUGUUCGAUACUUCCUUCUUGAAGCUUCAAGCAAACCUCCUCGAAAAAGCCCUUUGUCAUCCAAAUUCCUCCAUUUCAGAUCCUACCAUUGCCUUUUGGAACACCACCUAUGGUAUGCAUACCAAGCUAGAUUACCCCUCGAACCUGCUUCAUGUGUUGGACAAACUAUCAAGAAAUGGAAGGAUAAACCUGCAAAAGAGAAGUGUACCUUUUUUGAAGAGAUGUUAUUCUACACUGGCAGAUGAAACAGUUCCACAGAGAUACAGAGUCACUGCAACACAUAAUAGGAGUUCUAAAAGGGUGGAGCUAAUGGGGACUAUAGUUAAUCAAUUUGAGAAGGGUGAUAAGUUGCCUUCCUCUUCAAAACCGAAGAAGAGAGAACUUACUGAGCAUCAGAAAGAAGUGAGACGAGCACAGCAAGGAAGGGAUAGGGAUUGUGCUCGACACGGUCCUGGGAUCUGGACCUAUACUAGCGUUGAUUUUUCACAAGGAAAUGAAGAUUCACCAGAGAGUCAGGACAUUCGCAAUCCAGAAGCCAUCUUGGAGAUGUUUAGGAAAGCUGCAUGACUGUUUUCUUCUUAUAGAGCCUUGUUUGGGGAAGCACAGAUGUAAUUAAAUUUUUUUUAAAUCUUUUAUGUGUAUUAUGUUUGGGAUCUCGGAAAAUAAAGAUAUUUUAGUAAU